AUGAAAGUUUCACUUUCGACCCGCGCGCUUGCAGCGCUUACCUUCGUUUCUUCCAGUUCCGCUCUUUCCAACUCUUCCACGUCCUCUUCUGCCAUCCUUUCUGAUGGAUAUGUUCAGUUAGGCUCUUUCGAUGAAGCCUACCAAAAGGCCAAGGCAUUCGUUGCCACCCUUGACAAUGCUGCAAAGGUGUCUAUCAUCACCGGACAGAGCGUUACUGGCAAUGCUACCUGGACUGCCUUGGCCAACAAGGAUGGCGUCUCCGGCAUCAACUACCAGUUUUACGUCUCCGGCUUCACAAUGGCCAACGCUUUGACCAUGAGCUGGAACCGAGAGCUCUAUGAGAAGCAGUUCAAAGCUGUAGGAGAGGAGUUUUACGGCAUGGGCUACAACCUCAUCAACGGCCCCGAGCCCGGUCCUCUCGGCCGUGUGCCCUAUGGUGGUCGAACCCCUGAGAGUUUCGCUGCCGACCCCUACCUCACUGGUAUUGCCAUGGGCAAGGCCAUCUCCGGCAUGAACUCUGCAGGUGUCAUUGCUGGAGGUCGACACUUCCUCCUCAACGAGCAGGAAACCAACCGCUCUUCCGGUAUCUCCGCGACCACGAGCGAGGUCUACACCUCCAACGCCGAUGACAAGACGAUCCACGAAGUCUACUCCUGGCCGUUCGCCGACGGUGUCAAGUCAGGCAUGAUGGCCGUCAUGUGCGCCAUGACCCGUGUCAACGGCACCCUCGCCUGCGAGAACCAGGAUCUCAUCAGCGGCGUGCUGAAGAAGGACCUCGGUUUCGUCGGCCUCGUCUUCCCUGACGUCAACUCCCAGUCUACCUCCUACGGCUCCGCCAACGCUGGUCUCGACUAUGGCUCCAGCUCUCUCUGGACCGAGGACAUCCUCAACGCCGGCAUCAAGAACGGCAGCUUCACUCAGGAGCGUCUUGACGACAUGGCCAUCCGCAACGUCAUCGGUUACUACCAUGUUGGCCUCGACAAUGGCAAGCAGCCGUCAAAGGUGGCAAGCUCGACCGAGUAUCGCGAUGUCCGUGGCGACCACUCCAAGCUGAUCCGUCAGGUUGCUGGAGAGUCCAUCGUCUUGCUCAAGAACUCCAACGCCUCCGGACUUGGCCUUCCCCUGAGGAAGCCCCGCACGAUCUCUCUCUUUGGCUCCCACGCUGGUCCUGCCAUGGCCGGCCCUAACCAGCCUUUCAGCGUCCAGGGUACUGAUAGCGACGUCUACCAGGGCCAUCUCGCCAGCGGUACUGGUUCCGGCCAGCUCUCUUUCCCGUAUCUCGUUACCCCCUAUCACGCUCUCACUUCCCGCGCCAUUGAGGACAACAGCAUGAUCUGGUGGCUCCUUAACAACACCUACACCUCAUCCUCUUCCGGCGGUAUGGGCGGUGGUGGCUCUCCUGGAGGCAGCCCUCCCGGCGGCAUGACUGGCAACAGCACUGGCGGAGGAUUCCCAUCUGGAGGUAACAGCACCGACGGUGGUAUGGGCGGCGGCGGCGGUGGUGGUGGCGGCGGUGGUGGUCUCGGCAACCUCGGCCAGGGAACCGCAACUACCCCUUCAUUCACCAACUACGCUGCGAAUUCCGAAGUCUGUCUCGUCUUCCUCAACUCCUACUCCGGCGAGGGAGGUGACCGCAGCGAGCUCUCCGAUGACGAACAAGACUCCAUGGUCACAUCCGUUGCGUCGAACUGCAACAACACGGUUGUUAUCGUCAACACCUCUGGCCCCCGUGUCCUUGACGCCUGGAUCGAGAACGAAAACGUCACUGCGGUCCUCUACUCUGGUCUCCUCGGCCAGGAGAGCGGCAACGCCAUUACCGAUGUUUUAUACGGCAACGUCAACCCCAGUGCCAAGGUCACGCACACCAUUGCCAAGAAGGCUUCCGACUACCCCGCCGCCAUCUGCACGACUGCCGUGUGCGAGUUCUCCGAGGGCGUCUUCAUCGACUACCGCUACUUUGAUGCCAAGAAUGUCUCUGUCCGCUACCCCUUCGGCCACGGCCUCAGCUACACUUCCUUCACCUAUGGCAAGGUUGAUGCCACUGCUACCAACGCUACUGCUCUGGACUCCAAGUAUCCCACCGGCGCUCUGUUCCCCGGUGGCCAGGCUGAUUUGUGGGACGAGGUCGUCAGCGUCAAGACCAAGAUCCAGAACACCGGUGCUGUCGAGGGCUCGGAGGUCGCCCAGUUGUACGUCAGCUUCCCGACAGAGGCUGCCCAGCCUACCCGCGUCCUUCGUGGGUUCGAGAAGGUCAACGUUGCGCCCGGCGAUUCUGCCGAUGUCAACUUCAGCGUCCGUCGCCGUGACCUUAGCUACUGGGACACUGCUGCUCAGAAAUGGGCUGUUGCCAAGGGCACGUACACUUUUGCUGUCGGCGCGAGCUCUCACGACAUUCGUGGAUCUGCUGAGAUCACUAUCUGA